ACCCUGACGUGAGUGACGUAGCAGCGUGGGGCUCCGCUAGUUUCCUCAAGCAAACCACUCAACUGAUAUAGUGAUAGAACAACUGGAAGUGGGCCGGCUGACGAGGGGGCUGUAGUCAGACAGAAGGCACAAGGACCGAGCCGCCCUCGUCGUCAGCAGCACACUCGGUCGCCGGUUCCGAAACGGGUCUUUUAUUCAUUUUUGUUCGAGGGAAGAAGACGGCGAGAGUCAUCGCUUCCAAACCCACCGAGGGCUGGCUUUCUCCAUUUGUGUCUGUCACUCGGAAGGCGGGGAAUACAAAGCGACGCGUGGUCAAAACCCAUCAACGGUUACCGUUUGGACUCACCGAAGCAAAGGAAAACGGGAUUAACCACAGCGCCAGUUUCGCGGUGCUGUGACGGGUCAGCAACAGCGCAUGGAUUACCUGUGUUUCCGGGCACUGUGCUGUAAAGGGCCGCCACCGCCGAGGCCGGAGUACGAUGUGGUGUGCAUCGGCCUGACGGGUGCCGGGAAGACCAGUCUUCUCUCACGGCUCUGCAGCGAGGGCUCUGACGGCGUCGUUCCCACAACAGGUUUCAGCAUCAAAGCAGUGCCAUUUCCAAAUGCCAUCCUGAAUGUAAAGGAACUUGGAGGAGCGGACAACAUAAAGAAAUACUGGAGUCGUUACUACCAGGGAUCACAGGGCGUCGUCUUCGUGUUGGACAGUGCCUCGUCGGAUGAGGAACUCGAGGCUGCACGUAACGAGCUCCACUCGGCCUUGCAGCAUCCGCAGCUGUGCACACUGCCUUUCCUCAUCCUCGCCAACCACCAGGACAAGCCUGCUGCAAGAACGCCAAACCAGGUCAAGAAGUACUUUGAGCUGGAGCCGCUGGCCAGGGGGAAGCGCUGGAUUCUGGAGGGGAGCUCCAGCGACCAGCUGGAGGCCGUGAAGGAGAGCUUCGCCCAGUUCAUCGGCCUGCUGGAAGACAAAGACUCGGAGCCCGCCCGGAUAUGAGGCUGCUCCUGCACACGCUCAGAGACGAUAGCGGUGAAGAAACAUCCCGAUGGGGGCCGCGCACACUCCCACUUUCAUGCACAAACCCAAACCUGCGCCCGCGGGCCAAGUAACGGCGGAUGUCGGCAUCACUCCCUGAGAAGCGUGUAUCCUGUCACCCUCCCUUCACUGAGCUCUCAUUUUGGGUCAAGUUUGUUUGUGUGUGUGUGUGCGUGUGUGUGCGUGUGUAUGUGGGUGUGCACACAAGUCAACCUCUGCAAUCCAACAGUGGAGAGCUGUCUGAAGCCACCAGGUGCAUCGCAGUUUUGUCAAGAAAUACAAAUCCUGUUUGCUACAGUCUGUGGCCUCAGUGGGACUCACUCCAACACGCACGCACGCACACACACACACACACACACAUACAAAGCAGCGCCCAGGUUGUUUGUAGAUAUGUUUAACAUCUCCAGUGAUUACUUUACAGGGUGUUUGGGUGACGUUCCCUCCACUGAGACGGGCUGUGUAGUCCGGUGUUAUGUACGGUAGCUACAUAUCCGUGUGAAUAUCUAAUCUGAAUAGAGUAGUCCGAGUCUCAUGGAGUACACGAGGCAGCCAUACACGAGUACUACUAAUCAUGUGACUGAGUGCUAGGGGACUUCGUUUAGGGGAGGCAGAAACCAGUCUGAAUGCUUUUUAUAAAUGUGCAACGUAGAAUAUAUUUUAUAGCUCCGUAUGUUAACCACGUAGAGCUCCAUUCCAAUUUUUUAUAUCUCGUACCAAGCUUAUGAAUUCUUUCAAAUUACAGACCAAAUGAAAUGAACAUAACCACCACGCCGAUUGACUCACGAAGGAAGUAGCCACAAGAUAGAGAAAUGUAACCGCCUCUUUUCACUGUUCAACAAAAUGUCAUGUUUGCCUUUCUACAAUUUUUCUGUAAUGUUUUUUUUUUCAUACCUUUACUGACAUAAUCCCUGUCGACACUGACGAGCGCCUCCCAUCGGGGUGGAAUACAAACCCUAUCAAUCAGCCACAGCAACAGCUGCAUCUGACAAGUCCCUGUCUGACACCCUAAUGCCUUCCAACUGUCCACGGAGACCCCCCCCAGCCACCCAGCCCCCAGCCCCUCUGCCUGCUGCUGACUGCAGACUCCUGGCUUCUCGGGGGGGUUCCUCUCUCCCAGAUGCCAUCGUUCUGAAAUGAGUAUGUCAUUGUGCCACAGGUGUGCUUCAGUCGAGGAUGGCCUCCCCCGUGCUCAUGUUCACGCUUUCUUCUGUAUGUGGUGGGUUUUUAGACCAAUUUCAUCCGUUUUUGUACCUGACGCGAGGUAGUUUUCUUCUUUUUAACAAUCUCUAUGGACCAGUGCAUUUAAUCGCUCAAAUGCAAAAGAAAUCAUUGGACAUUGCAUAUCAUCUGCCCACAAAGCAUUUUUCAGCAUAUUACGGCAGUCUUGUUUUUUUUUUCCUUUUUGUAUUUUCUUUUUUUCAAUCAUCAGUGUUGUCAAAUAUAUUAAAGUUUUAAAAAUGGAA